GCACUUCCGGCGGCGGGAACGGCGCGGGAAGCGCAGGGCGGCGGCGGCGGCGGAAUUUCUAAGUUAUCCUGCUCGAGAUAGCAAGAAAUGCCAUCUUAGCUCAGAAGAAAGCAGUCGAGUCUGCGCAGUGCUUUGCGAGUUCACCAUGAAGCUAGGAAAGCCUAAAGGAGGACGCGCUCGAAGCUCGAACCAGGGAAAAGCCUUCGAGAACAAGCGGAAGACAGCCCGGCCGCGGCAGAAGUGGGGAGUGACCAUCCGCUUCGACUCGGGCCUGAGCCGGCUGCGAAGAGACCGCGACGAGAAGCCCUUCAAGUGCGCCAAGUGCGCCAAGAGCUUCAGCCAGAGCUCCACCCUCUUCCAGCACCAGAAGAUCCACACGGGGAAGAAGUCGCACAAGUGCCCCGACUGCGGCAAGAGCUUCUUCCAGAGCUCCAACCUCAUCCAGCACCGCCGCAUCCACACGGGCGAGAAGCCGUACCGCUGCGACGAGUGCGGGGAGCGCUUCAAGCAGAGCUCCAACCUCAUCCAGCACCAGCGCAUCCACACGGGCGAGAAGCCGUACCAGUGCGACGAGUGCGGCCGCUGCUUCAGCCAGAGCUCGCACCUCAUCCAGCACCAGCGGACGCACACCGGCGAGAAGCCCUACCGCUGCGAGCAGUGCGAGCGCUGCUUCAGCCAGAGCUCGCACCUGCGCCAGCACCUCCACGUGCACGGGGCCGCGCCGGCCCGGGCCCGCGGCAAGAGCGCCCGCGCCAAGACUCACCUGCUCCCCUCCUGGAAAGCCGGGAAAGGAAGGAAGUCGGUGGCCGGCCGCCGCCAGGUGAAGGGCGCCGCCUCGGCCCUUUUCAAAAAGAAAAAGUGAAAGGUAAGGGGGGGAAGAGGAUGCUUCGCCGUAGAGCACUUAGAUACUGGGUCCUUCCCUAGCAUGGAGACUUUGGGAGUUUCCUGGCAUGGGCCUGAGACCACAUGAAUCCGGUGGCCCCUCGAUUCUGCCCCACCGAGACACAGGCCACAAAGAACCGAAAGGACGCCUGCGACGACGUGAGCCCCGGGACCUCCCUGAACCCGCCCCCUGCAGGGCUCGCUGCGAAGCCUCCUGCGCUUAGGAUUCGGUGGUCACAGUCCAGGCACGCUGGUGAUCUCCCCGUUUAGGACUCCGUGGAAGAAUCACUAAGUAAAAGGAAGAAGGAAUGAGUUGCCGUUCUGCGGCUAGGAGAUUUUAUGUUUGUAACCUUUUUUUAGUGUAUUAACCAUUAGAUUUAAAGUGUGACUCACAAUUCAACGUAAUAAAAUGUAUUCAAUCUCA